AUGUGUCAUGUUAACAUCCAAGACCAAGAACACAAAAACACUUAGUCCUUCUAAAAUCUCACUUCUCACAUCCAAAAUCUCGUGCCAGCAAACAUGGCAUCCAUGACGACUAUGCUUCAGACCAUGGUUCCCAAGAAUGCACCGAAUCUCCCUCCUCGUGUUGGUGUUUCCAACAACACUACUAAGAUCUCAUUUGCUGGCUCAGGUAGGGUACCGUGCACCCGGAUUCAGAGGAACAGGAAUAGAUCUUCUUCCAUUGUGGUUGCUGCAGUUGGAGAUGUUUCAUCUGAUGGCACCACUUACCUUGUUGCUGGUGCCAUUGCUGUGGCUCUCAUUGGAACAGCCUUCCCCAUCUUCUUCUCCCGCAAAGACACAUGCCCUGAAUGUGAUGGAGCAGGGUUUGUGCGUAAGGCUGAUGUGACAUUGAGGGCCAAUGCAGCACGAAAGGAUCAAACCCAAAUCGUUUGUGCUCGUUGCAAUGGUUUGGGCAAACUAAACCAAAUUGACAAAUAGACAACAUUAUGCUUCCUACUUUUCCCCUUUCUUUCUUUUCUUAUUAUGUAAUUAUAUAAGGAUAAUAUAUUAUUAAUAUCCCCUCCUCGUGUUUCUUCCUAUGAAAUGAACAUUAUAAUAUGCCAUGAUAGGAGAGAAAGACACAAAUUUAACUUCUUCAGAAUACUACCAUUUUGCAUUAUGUAUCUGAUUUGUGUUUUUCUCUCCCGUAUCAUGAUAACCCGAUGCUCUUAAUCUCUUGUCUAAUUGUGUGCAUAUGUUGUAUGUACUUGAAGUACACUUCUCAAUAAGAAAGCCCAAUAAAUACGAUAUAUGUUCGUCCUUUCUUCA